AAUUGUCCCAAAACUCAUAAACCACAACAUUUUUCAAAGAAUUCAGCAGUAUUCAUCAAGACAGCUCCCAAGAAUUUCAGCAAACACAGGGUCCCUAUCAUAAUCCUUCUCUCCUCUUCUCUGGUUCAAUUUCUGUUUCCAAAUUGUGGGUUUUGAUACUUGGACUCCUACUUGCUCUGGCUGUGCAUAGACUUGUCUUGGGUUGAAUACAGUUAUGGUUGGAUUAAUGUGGACUGUGAAAGAUGAGGUAGUUGAAGAAGGGGUGCGCAGGGGUGUAUGCAAAGAGAAAUUGAAUUGGGUCCAAAUUAGGACUCUACUUCUUUUUAGUACAAGUGUAUGCAAAGAGAAAUUCUAGGACUGAUUAGGAAAUCUUACAAAAGCUUUCUAGGUUCAGUAGAAGUCAUGUAAAAGAGAAAUUCUAGGUCUAGGUCUGAUUAGUAUGGUAAUAACGUCAAUUUAUAAAACCGUGUCCCACUAAUUUCUUGAACCUCACACUUGUCGGUUUCAUGAGAGAAUUGGGACUCAUGAAAGAAUUAGGAUUCAAUCAUUAUAAAUAGAACCCUCACCCUCCAAACUCUUCUCAUCGUCAAAACAAAUAUACAUUCUGUUUUCUAUUACUCACUUGUUCAAGACACCAUGACCAUGAAGCUUUUGAUUGCUGUUCUGAUGUUCUUCUUGUUCUCUGCGGCUGCUGAUUCAUGUUCCGAUUUCAUGUUCCCCAACAACAAAGUCUUCACGUCUUGCACCAAUCUGUCCGCACUCAACUCCUUUCUCUACUGGAGUCACAACCCAUCAUCAACAACUCUCAACAUGGCGUACCGUCACAGUCAUGUCAGUCCCUCCACAUGGGUUGCAUGGGGCAUCAACCCCAAGCCAAACAAGAUGGUGGGUACUCAGGCGAUCAUUGCAUAUCAGAACACAGAUGGAAACAUGGCCGUCUACACCUCGUCUGUCGAUAGCUAUGCGACUCAACUGCAAGAGGGGAACUUAAGUUUCCCUGUUUCUGAUUUGUCUGCCUCGUUUUCUAAUGACGAGAUCAUUAUCUUUGCAACGAUACACCUUCCCAGCAACAGUUCUACUAUCAACCAUGUGUGGCAAGAUGGACCCAUAACUGGCAACCAUCUUGGCAUUCACGAUCUAUCUGGACAUCAUCUUCAAUCCAUGGGAACUCUCAAUCUUUUAUCUGGACAGGCCUUAACUUCUCACGGAUCGGAUUCGAAAACCAAACUCAAGAUUUCACAUGGUGUACUCAACACAAUUAGCUGGGGCAUUAUGAUGCCAAUUGGCCUUUUGGUGGCAAGAUAUUUGAAGGCGGUUGGACCGGCAGCGGACCCCUUAUGGUUCUACCUCCAUAUUGUUGUUCAACUCUCAGCCUAUAUAAUCGGCUUGGCAGGAGGUGCAACUGGGUUUCUUCUUCUCAGCAAAUCUUCUGGCAUUCAUCACCCUUGCCAUCUAGGCAUUGGGAUUAUACUUUUUUCCCUUGGACUACUUCAGGUCUCUGCUCUACUUCUGCGACCUAGAAAGGACCACAAGUAUAGGUAUCUCUGGAAUUUGUUCCACCAUAACACGGGAUACGCAGUCAUUCUCUUGAGCUUCUUCAACAUAUGGUUAGGAUUCAGCAUUUUGAAGCCCGCGAAAGAAUGGAUGAUCGCAUAUGGUGUUGUGUUCGGGGCAUUGAUAUUAUCUGCAUUCCUCCUUGAAGUGUGGAAGAAGUUUGCAAGAGAUAGAAGGACUGGUGGAGCACAUGAAGAAGUCAAUAAAUCUGCAAGUACAAGUCCCGUAAAUAGUGUGUAAAAUUUCUACAUAUAUGUAAUUGAGAAUUGACCAAGAGAAAAGACACCUAAGUAUUGAUACUACUUACACUAUACAAUUUUUAAAGCUGUUAAUGAUACCACAUUUUUUAAUGCUAUUAAGGUUGUCUAGGGCCUAUAUUUUAUUGUGAUCACUUUAGUUGUCAUGCCUUGAGAUUUUCUUCACAAAAAUAGGGAUUUUAAAUGGGAGUGUAUCCAUUGAAUGUGCUUUUUGCAGCCAAGAGACUGAAUCAGUGAGCCAUGUACUUCUGUUUUGCCCUUUUGUGUGGAAGGUUUGGACUGAAAUGCUAAAUUAGUGGGGUGUCCAAGGUGCUCUACCUGGAUCAGUUGAAAAUUUGCUUCUAUGGUGGGCAGGGGUGAAGCUGAAGAAGAACGAGAGGCUGAUAUGGAGUGCAAUUCCUUUGGCUGUAAUGUGGUCAAUUUGGAAGCAAAGGUAGCAAUUGAAUCUGUUAUGUCACCCCCAGCAAGUGCUCGAAACAAGGGAAUCCAAUCCAACGACCAUAGCAUACAAAUAUGAAAACUUUGAGAAAGCCUCACUUCAUGCGAUUCAAUUGCUUCCAACAGGCAAAGAAAUCCCUCCAUGUUUUGAAUGUUUUUGUGUUUGGGAUUCAAUUUACUAGACAUAAAUUUGUUGGAUUUGAUGGAAGACAUUCAAAAUAUGAAAACCAAUUUGAUGGAAUCAGAAUGCCCAAUUGCUUGUUCCUUUUCUACAGUAAACAAGGGAACUUAAAAGCUUUAAGCUCUCAUU